AUGCACCUUUCGAGGUCACCGCUGCUGGCCUUGAGCCGGGGUAUAAAAAGCAGAGCCCCAAUACAAGCUUUGUACACCAGUUCAGUUGCCACCUAUAGCUCAUUAACGUCUCGGCGCCAUGAUCACGUCGGCAAUAGCAGCAGUCAUGGAAUAGGACCAACACCAGCACCAGCCGGAACAAGCAAUAGUAUCAAUUCUACGCAGAUAAAUAACGAAGAAGCAAAGGAAGGACAUGACGGCGAUUAUUCCUCAUCAUUGUCUAUCCUCCCACUAAGUGCCGUCUUACGAACCUUAGCAAUUACGACAUUCACCUCUGUGCCAUUCCUACUUGGUCCUGCUCUCGCAUCUCUUUCCAUAUUGUCCGACUCAAAAUCACCAUUGCUCAACCCAGACAAGAAUCCGAUUCUCAACGCCAUUCUACGCCAGACUAUCUACUCGCAAUUCUGUGCCGGUGAAACGCCGGCCGAAGUUCGGAAAACGAUCGCGGAUCUGAAGCAGUUGGGUUAUGCAGGUGUCAUUCUGGGCUAUGGUAGGGAGGUUGUCAUGGAUGGGGACGAGACGUCAUCGUUUGAACGUCAAGGUGCUAAGGAAGGUGGUUCGAGAGGAGAAGAGAAGAUAAACGCCGAGCAGACGCUGCGAGAAAUCCGAGAAUGGAAGGAAGGCACAAUGCAAACGGUUGAGCUCGCCGAUGAAGGGGACUUUGUGGCUUUGAAGUUCACCGGGGCUGGUCGAGAGGCACUUCGACAUCUCGUUCAGGGGCUACCGCCAUCUCCAGCUCUUCAAGAGGCCAUUUAUGAGAUAUGUGACCGCGCCAAGGACCGUAAGAUUCUGCUCCUAUUUGACGCUGAGCAGCAUGCUGUCCAAGGCACAAUCGAUUCUUGGGUUCUUGACUUACAGCGGAGAUACAACGCGUCGUUCUCUAUUCAGGGCAAGCCUCGAGCUCUGAUAUAUAAUACAUACCAGGCCUACCUCCAAUCUACACCAAGGACGCUAGCAAGCCACCUUGCAGUUUCACAAAAAGAGUCGUUUGUCCUGGGUGUCAAGCUUGUCCGCGGAGCAUACCUCAACAGCGAUCCCCGAGAGAUUUUCUGGACCACCAAACAGAAGACAGACAUCGCAUAUGACGCCAUUGCAGAGUGCCUGAUGACUAGAAAAUACAAUGAUAUUGUGCAGCCGGUGAACGAACAUGUCCGUGACUUCUCCCAGGCGAAUCUGGUCCUGGCAAGCCACAAUCGGGCGUCUGUCGAAAAGGCCCGAGCUCUUCGCGAUGACCAAACUAGACGAGGCGAGCCAAUGAUUGAAAUGGUUUAUGGACAGCUUCAAGGUAUGGCGGAUGACAUUAGUUGUCCGUUGGUCCGACAGUCAGUGAUGACGGCGUCACGCGACCACAGUCUCGGGCAACAACGACCCCAUGGGGAAAGCCCUAAACCAUACAAGUAUCUUGUCUGGGGCACUGUUGGAGAAUGCACAAAGUAUCUUCUUCGAAGGGGCCAUGAGAAUAGAGAUGCAGCUUCCAGAACGAAGGAUACAAGGGCAGCCAUGUUGAAGGAACUGAAGCGGCGCAGCUUGAUGGGGUGGAAGUGA